AUGCUAUUGAUCGCUAAUUCUUGUUUAGCAGAACUUCUAUUCGGCAGUGAUUUGUUCGGUAUGGCUCUGUUUACCCUAAAAAAUGAUCUUGAACGGAGAGAGUCAGAACACAUAAUAUGCAUUGUACAAGGUUACAUCAGUUAUGUUGGUUAUUCUUUACAGAAUUAUUGCUUUUUACUGCAAGCAUUCUAUCGGUUCAUGAUCGUGAUCCAUCCAACACAUUUGUACUAUCAAACAGCCAAAUUUCAACUGAUUCUCAUCUUUACUGUAUGGAUAUUUUCUUUUUCUUAUGCCAUUCCAAUUCUCUAUACCGGUCAGCUUAAAUAUAAUGUUGCCAAUCAAAUAUGUCAAAUGCCUCUUGGAUUUUCGUUCUAUGGAGUUUAUACAGCUUUGUGUAUUUAUGGUAUUCCCAUGUCGUUGAUUAUGGGUGCUUACACGAAAGUCGUUCAAUACGUAAGAAAACUAAACAAGCAAGUAUCAUCAACCAAUCUUGUGUAUCGUGCAGAGCGGGAAUUGAAAAUGAUCCGACGCAUCGUUAUUAUUGUGUUGAUUAUAAUAGGCAUUGGUUUUCCCUAUGCCGUGUUCAGUUUUAUGGCGUUUUUUGUUGAUCCUCCUGAGUACUAUCUUCGCAUUGCUUUUGCUUGUGUUGACAUGUCAUUGCCAACGAUGAUGAUUACUCUCCUCCUGUUCACAGAACCACUCAAAGUGGCCAUACUGAAAAGAUUACAUGUCAAAACGAAUCUAAUCACGGCCGUAGCGAGUUAA